CUCGUUGGGUUGAGAAACUACUAAAAUACAUAUAAAAUGGCGUAAGAUAUCGGGGAUUUUGGUUGUAUGCGGUGAUAAAAGCAUUUUAUUUGUUUUAAAAAUACUAGUAUAUUAUUGAUUUACAUUUCUAAAAACGCCAACUGACAACUUCGAUGGAAGUAAAAUCUCUGAUUCCCGUGCAAAAUAUAUCACCAGGAUUAGAGUAACACGACAACAUGUGUAGGUUUUCCUCGGUGAUUCCGGAAAGUUAGUUCAUGAUAACGACACGGGACACUUCCUGGGAUUGUUCUCUGCUAGUGGGACGAUACAAGCCGUAUGAUUUCUCCAAUUACAAGGAAACUUUAUGAGAACCUUCGACCAAACAUCUGUUUCGGCAGCAUGGGACCAAUACGGAUGAAAUACAUUUUACUUAUAUUCAUUUUCUCUCAUCACAUUGUCUUGACAACCUCUGCUAUAACCAAUGGCAAACUUCUGAUGGCUGCUGGGAUUGUGACAGCUGCACUGAUGUCAUCUCCCUACGGAUAUGAUUCUUCGACACCCAGUUCAAUAGCUCUGUUGACCGCGAUACUCUUUAUCGCACUGAUACCAACCCAAUCCGAUGCAGAUAGAGGCUCAACAAUGGCUACAGACGGGAACAGGGGAAGCCUAAGCCAAACUGAAGGGAGCACCUGUACACGGCCUGGUUACACCAUUGACCCCGUGCUCGGAUGUAUCAAGACCUACAUAUCCAUGUUACCACCAGUAACUCACAGCCAAAUGACAGCUCAAUGUGCAAGUGAUGGCGGGGAACUCCUCCUCGUUAACUCAGCGGCGGAAAAUACUGCACUUGUCAAUCUAAUGAACUCUAACGGAGUGAGUUAUUUCCUCAUACAAGGGUCAAGGGUCACUGCUACUGACCCCUGGCUCACCGAUUCUGGACAGCCCCUCCCUUACAUCGCCAGUAUCCAAGGAACACCGAACUUAGCUGGUCAAACUAAACUUUUGGCAUUGGACAGCGGGUUGUGGCAGACCUAUUUUUCUACGAGUGUGCUUGAACAUGCUGUUUGUGAAAUAUUGUAAUCAAAUUAUGUAAAAGUUCUCUAUGACUAUACGUGUCUUUCUA